GACGAAGAAGACGAGCUGCUCAGCUCCUGCUGGCUGGUGAUUAGCUGACAGCUCCUGCUUGACAGAGGAAACAAGCAGGAACAGUGGAGCCAAGCAGCAGCUGACACGUAAACAUCUCCCAACUCUGCCAGUGUCUGUUGCCAACAUGUUAUCUGAGGGGAGCUCGUUCAUGAAGGGGAUGAUUAUGGGAGGUCUUUUCUGCUUGGUGCUGUCGCUCAUGACCAGUUUUACUCCCAAAAGUGAGUCCACAGCAGAUGAGCACCAUCAUCACCACGUCAAGGCAGCAAGUAAAGAGGAGCUCAAACACUUCUCUGACAGUCAAGUGGAGGAGCUGCACAAUCAAGUCCGGGUCUUUUGCGCCAUCAUGGUCCAGCCAAAGACCCUUGUUUAUUGGGCGACUACUAUGGACACUUGGAGCAAACAUUGUGACAAGGCUGUGUUUUACACCUCAGAGUCCUCUAAGGCCCUCGACGCAAUAGACCUUAAAGAAAAGGAUGACUGGGCCAGGUUGCGUAAAGCUCUGAAGCAUGCUUAUGAGAAUGCCGGGGACCUGCGCUGGUUCUUUGUGGCACAGCCAACUACAUUUGCCAUCAUUGAAAAUCUCAAGUACCUUGUACUCACAAAGGAUCCAGAUGAACCGUUCUACUUGGGAAAAGCCGUGAAGUCUGGAGAGCUUGAGUAUGUGGCAUUUGAUAGUGGCAUUGUUUUAAGCUACGAAGCUCUGAAAAGACUGGUACAUGUGUUCCAGGAUGAGGAAAAAUGUCCAGAAAGAGGACGUGCCUUAUGGAAGCUGAGUGAAGACAAGCAGCUGGCCGUGUGUCUCAAAUAUACAGGUGUGUUUGCAGAGAAUGGAGAGGACGCACACGGAAAGGGUCUGUUCAACAGCCAGAGUGCCGACAGCUUGAUCGCUGACAGCCUGAAGGAUCACCCAACUGAUGUGGUGGGGUCCUGUUGUUCCGACAUGGCAGUCACGUUCGGAGGGAUGUCCCCAAAUCAGAUGCAAGUUCUGAUGUUUGGAGUUUAUAGACUUCGUCCAUACGGGCACGAUUUCCAUGACUCGUUAGCAUUUUACCCACCAGAAGGUUCAGACAAUGACUAGUAUCAUUGCUUUAAGAUAGACAUGUCACUUUAAAAUGUUUUGGGUUGUUUUUCUUUUGCUUCUAUGAUGGCAAACCUACUUUUGGGAUAAUGUUUUUCUUAAAUUUGUAAAAGGGGGAUUCUGGGUGGGAACAAUACUUUUAUGUAUAUUUGUAUUUUUUUGUACUUGACAUAAUCAGCACCCUAUUUUAUUGUGGUGUGGAAUAGUUGGUGGAUGUACUAUCUUCUAAAUACAGACAGAGCUGGGACAUAUGUCAAAAAUUGUGACAUGAAGUUGCAUUAUCUGGAUUAUCAUCUAGUUUUGGUAAUUGAAGUACUGGUAUAUAGUUAAAUAUUAAGUUUAAAUAUAUUUUUGUGGCUGUAAAGCUACAUUAGUAAUUGAUAUUCUAAAUGUGCCCUAUUUGACCUCAUUGAACUUGAAUCUUUUCAAAGGAUACCUCACCCCUCUGAUAUAAAAACUAUAAUUAAGCUUCUUUAAUUAUUGAGCCAAAUAUGUAAUUACACUUUCCAGCACCAAAUGAGCUUUUUUUUCUCCAUACAUGAAGAGUUGGUCUUCACAAUGAAGUAGACAAAAUAUGCCUUGCUGUAACAGGCAAUGUAGAUAUCUAAACAAAACAUGUUUUCAGUGAAAUUGUCAUUUUUCCUCCUGUUUUGUAAAUAAAUGGUGAUCUAAGGGAUCAAAUUGAUUUUUUUCAUAAUAGUAAUAUCUGUUAGUCAAUGAAUAAACUUCUUAUGGUUUUUAAUGUUAACUUGCUGAUCAAACAUUGACGAGUUGCUUUUGAAUAGUGAAGACUUUUUAUUCUCUGGUUUUCUCCCACACUCCAAAGACAUGCAUGUCAGGUUUACUGGUUAUUCUACACUGAUCGUAGGAGUGUGAGCACGCACGGUUAUUUGGCUCAUCUCUGUGGAGCCCUGCAACGGUUUGAAGGACUGAAAACCUGUCCAUGAUGCACCCUGCCUCUUGCCCGUUAGCAGGUCCAGCCGCUCGUGAUGCUUGAACAGGUUGAAGCAAGUAUAGAAAUUUUUUUUAAAUGGGUAAAUGGAAUGCCUGUACUCUACUUUUAUGUCGAACAGUGAUUUUUUUUUAUUUUAUUUUUUUUAAAUCCUGCCUUAAUGGUUGAAACAAUUAUGGCUGUCAAGAUUGUAAAUAUUUUACCUUUCCCAUAUCAUUCCGGUCGUGACCACUGUUCUAUUCUUUAAUUUUCUAUUAAAAUGAGUAUUGAAGUU